AUGGCUAUUGGCAAGGAGGGAAACGUAAAAUGGGUGGAUGGCCUCCGAGGUCUUGCAUCCUCUCUAGUCGUCUCUACGCACAUUGCCCGCGCUUUUGAUGGCGAUCUCUUCUCGCCCGCGUCCGCUCAGGAUGUUGCACCACGACUGCUGCAGCUUCCCUUUCUCAGAAUCCUCGUUCAGGGUCGCAUUGGCGUCUCCAUCUUCGCCUUUGUGACCGGCUAUGUCUGCGCUCUCAAGCCCAUCAAGCUCUCCCGCCAGGGAAACCAGGAGAAUGCCUUCACCUCCAUCUCCAAAUCGGCCCUGCGCAGAGUUCCCCGUCUUGUGAUCCCCACUGCUCUGGCUACUUGCAUCAUCUGGGUCAUGGCGCAGCUUGGCCUUUUCCUCGUGGCUAAGCGAAGCGACUGCUGGUGGUGCGGCGCAACUGCACCCGAUCAGGUACCCCACCUGGGCGAUGCGCUCUACAGUCUUCUCUACAAUAUCAUCACCACUUGGACCCAUGGUCGAAACAGCUACGAUGGAAAUCAAUGGACGCUGCUGCCUCUGUUGAAGGGCAGUUUCUGGGUCUAUGUCUUCAUCAUUGGUACCGCCUACAUGCAGCCAAGAUACCGCAUGAUGGCUUCCUUGGCCAUGUAUGCCUAUUUCUGGGUGGCAUCCGAUUCGGCGUUUGGAAUGCAAUUCUUCUGGGGAGUUUUCCUCUGCGACCUGCAAAACUUGCCCUCUGCCAACGAUUUCAUUGCGAAUCGUCCCCGCAUUUCCAAGAUGCUUGCCAUCUUUUUCCUGUUCAUUGGCUGCUUCAUCGCUUCUUACCCAGAAGGCCACCCAGAGUGGCAACCAUGGUCUGCUUGGCUAUUCUCGAUUCUCAAGAACAUCUUGCCCAAGGAUCCCGACUUUCCUCGCUUCGGCUCUGGCAUUGGACUCGAGUUCAUCACCCUUGGCAUCCACUUUAGCCCCUUCCUCAAGGAUAUUCUCUCGAGCAAGUACCUGCUCUGGCUUGGAAAGCAAUCCUUUGCUGUAUACCUGCUGCAUGGACCACUUCUCCGCUGGCUGUUGUGCUGGAUGGUGUACGGUGCUCGCUUGCCUGCUGACGUUGUCAAUGAUGCCGGCGAGACGGUCCCUGGCCAGCUGAAGUUCCCCGGCGCCUGGAAGCUGAUGCUGUGGCUACCAAUUUGGCUUCCACUCAACUAUGCAGUGGCCAAUCUGUGGACAACAUACGUGGAUCCGUGGUGUGCGCAGCUGACGGAGCAGGUUGUAACCCACGUCAAGGAGAAUUACGACGAGAAAGAGGGGGGCGUUUUGCUGCCGCAAUAG